AGGAUUCCAAGGGAAACCCAGGCCCCAUCCAGAGUUCUGAGAUCGAGCAGAAAUUCCAACGCAACCGUACCGGUUCUCUUACGUUCAACAUCGGCUCCGAUACCUUCGAGAUCCAAUUCAGACAAAUGAGACAGGUGAACGGCAAGAGGAAGAGGAAAGUUGUCCGUCGUCCAAAGUACCAACCACCUCAAAGCGGAAGUCUAAUUGGUCGAGUGACGUCUGCUAUCCAGAGAGUGAAGAUGUCCCCAGCGGGCCAGAGUGAAUCUCCAGAGUGGCAGUUUGGGGGGAAAAGUGGGCGAUGGCACACCUUCAAAGACAGUGCUGACAUUGAAGACCAGUACCAGCAGGACUUCAAUGGAUCCAUGUCCUUCACUGUCAAAGGACAGACCUACAAGCUGGACUUCUCAGCCAUGAAGCAAACCAACCAGUCUACAAGGGUGACGCGCAACAUCAGGCGUGUCUAGAGAGCAUGAUGAACAACUCAACACUCCAACAUCAUCAUUGCUGUUUAUUUUAGGGGACGUAGAAUUGUUGGGUUGCUAUUGUUUACAUGCAAGAACCUGCCAUUAGAUCACUAACGAAAUACAUGCCUAUUGCAGAAAAGGACUACAGAUAUUGGAUAUACUCCUGUAUACACUGUGUAUGAAACAACAUGCACAAUAACAAACUGUUUACCUUUUUCUGUGUGUUUUUUUUUUUUGCCCCGCAAAAGCAAAGUGCAGUAUCUGCAAAUUUGGUAAAAAACAUUUGAUCUGUUUGUUGUAAUGGCCUGGUGUAAUAUGUGAUAAUAAGACAACCCAGUCAAUCAGAAUAUAUCAUGAAGUACCAGAAAUUGCUGUAUGUCUGUCUGGACAGAAAAAUACUUUGAAGUCAGAUUUUGCUGUUAAUUAUUUUAAGCAGAUAUUGCGCUUUGCCUUUGUAGGGUAUACAUAUAUGAGGAAUGCUGUAGUAAACUGCCAUGAUCAAGUAACUGGGACAUUUAGUUAGAUAACAUUUGUGUGCAUGAUGUUGAAAUGUAGGUCAUACCUUUUUAUCUCAGGUGUUGUUCGAAAAGACGGGAAUAUUCAAAGCCCUCAUUAAAUAAGUCUUAAUAUUUUAAUUUAAUCAUUUAUUUGAAUCAAGGGUCAUAGCCAAUUAUAUAUAUACACAUCAUUGGUCAUCUAGCUUGUGUUAAUUUCUAACAUGGUUGUUCAGAAUAAACAGCCCACUGACUGCCUUGUACUUUACCGCUAGAUGAGUUACAUUUUUAUUGCUGCAAUAAAUUCUCAGAAGAACUGUGAGUAAACAAAUUCUGUUAUGAACAGUUGAACAGUUUGACUUAGCAAUGAUGAAUUGAUUAUGUUUUAUGAAAAUCAAUGCAAUACAAUCUACAGUAAUGCAGUAAUGUUGGAAUAACACAAUGUUCCUAUAAAGGGGGCUGACGCUUGUCCUUGGUACCUCAAUAUGAUUGAAAGCUUAAACUGCCGUAUUGUUACUGUACACAAUGAAUAAAGACAAAAACAGUAUAUGUUUCCAUGUAAUAAGGUUUUGAUUAAAAGCUGAAUAAAAUCUGAAAUGUU